AUGGCAUCCAGAAUCAGGAAGUCCAUAUCUAUAAAAUUUCGUGGGGUUUUCAAUUCCAGCAAUUCUUCAAUACCUACUUCCUCCGCUGGCGCCACCAACACCACCCUCCAAGCUAGCAACGGCGUCAACAAUAGUCAGCAACCAUUCCCCCCAAAGGAAAAAGUUGAUGUCAUUCUUAAAAUUUUGUCGGAUAAGAGUAAUUCAUUGCGCAACCUUGUGCUACACGAGAUCCUUUGCUUAAUGGAGGACUCGGCGGCUGUCACCUCUGAUGUGCAAAAUGUUGUGACAAGAUCGGUCGAAUACCUUGGGGAUCAUACAGUUGUAAAACACGAUGAAUCCUCCGCCUGCCUUGAACUUCACCUUCGAGCAUUAUCAUCCGUGAUUCACGUGGCCUCAAGGUCCAAGACGAUGCUGGAACCAUCAAUUCGCGACAAGUUAUACAGAAAUAUCGCCAUCUUCUGGAAGAUGUCCCAAUCAAUGGUCAGCCCGAAUAUCGUUUUUUCGUUGCGAGAGGUUAGAACUUGCUUGAAGAAGCUGAAGAACGAACCAACUCUGCUGGCUUUUGAGUAUGGUGCGGGCAAAUGGUAUGACGAGUGGGAACAAAUGAGGACGAAAUUCUUUGCUACGAAAAGACGUCUCGAAACCUUCACCGAAUUCUGGGAUGAACUGAACCAAGCGGCGAGAAGGGAAUUUGACACUUUAAAAAAAAACAAUUAUUACGAAAACGCCAAAUAUAAAUUUUUAAAGGAGGCCAGUCGAGCCAUGAAGGUCUCCCUUCCGGACAACGUCGAUACACUAUUAAUAGGCUAUCUAGACUUGAUGGAACGGACGAUAAGGGAUUUUUCCUUGGAACAUGUUAACACUGAACGCGCCUCGAACGCAUUUGAAUUUUGCCAGGAGAUAAUUAAGGAGGAUGUUAAAAAACAAUUGUCGGCCAAGGCGAUUGAGGUGAUACUCGUCAUCGGGGAUAGGUGCGAGGAAUUAAAGUCUAAGGCCGAAGAAUGCCUAAACAUUUGGGGUACCGGUAAAAACAAGGAGAUGUGUUCCUUGGUGAAACAGGUGCAAAAAUUGAAGGAAGACAAAGUGGAGGUCGAAGAAAACAUCAAAAAAGAAUCUUUGAAGUUCGAAGAAGGCAUCAAAAUUCAAGAUGGUGCAGAAUCUUCGUCAACUGACAAGGAACUUCAACCAACUCAAUCCGACAAUGACGGAAAGAGGCAGGAUUCUUUGGAAAAGGAAACUUCUCGGACUUUUACUGAAAAUGAGAUUGCGUUAGAGGAUGUUGUUAUUGUGAGGGAAAAUGCAAAAGCUCAGAAUGACCUUGUUAACGAGGGAGAAGAUGCCACCGUUCAGAAUGAUGCCGUUAUUACGGAGGAAAACGUAAACAUUCAGAAUGAUGCUGUUAGUGCGGAGGAAAACGUAAACGUUCAGAAUGACGAUUUUAAUGAGAAAAAUGUAAACAUUCAGAAUGAUGUUGAUGCCGAGAAAAAUAUAAACGUUCAGAGUGACGUUAAUGCUGAGGAAAAUAUAAACGUUCAUAAUGAUGUUGAUGUUAAUGCCGAGGAAAAUAUAAAUGUUCAGAAUGAUGUUGAUGUUAAUGCCGAAGAAAAUGUAAACGUUCAGAAUGAUGUUGAUAUUAAUGCCGAGGAAAACGAGAACGUUCUGAAUGAUGCUGAUGUUGAAAUUACGGAAGAAACUAUGAUUGUACAAGUCGGUGAAGGUAUGAAUGUGGAGGAACAAGAAACGGAAAUUGUGGAGGAAGUUUCCGAAAUUCCUGCCGUGGAUACGCCGAAAGUUGAUCAAGUCGUAAAGACUGAAGAAUUUUUAAAUGUCGACACCAAGGAUACUCGUGAUUUCAAGACGACUGCACAAGCUUCGGAUGCAAUCGAGGAGGAAACGUUAGGUGUAAACAGCACAGGUACAAUUAUCCCACAGCCGGAAAAAGUUGAUAUCAAUGCCGACAAUCUGGUGAUGAAUGCCGAUACCAACAAUGUAAAAAUCGAAACACAAGAUCUAAACACCCCAGGCGCUCACAUAGAGGUGGAAAAUUUGAACGCGGAGAAAGUUAAUACCCAGAUGAACGAUAUGACGGUCGAAACUGUGGAAACUCAUAUGGAUAAUGUGCAGAUCAAUACAAUGCAUAACGAAGUCGGUAGUAUAACUGCAGACACCGCCGAAACAACUACUGAAAACCAAUACAUCGGUAGUAUUACCAACCGAGUCGAAAGCGUUGCUAUUAAUGAAGUGGAGAACAAUUAUGAUGAAGUGAAUGUAAACAACGUUAAUGUGAGCGUGGGUCAGCAAACCAUAGAAAAUGAUGAAAGUAUUGUCGAAAAUUCGACCGUGGGAACCAUCAAUAAUACCAUAAAUCAUCAGGAAAUUAAGCAAGGUACCACCAACAUCGAGAACCUUACAGCCGAUGAAGUUAAAACAAGCGUUGCACAACAAAACAUAGGUCGUGCAGAAACGACCAUUGAGAAUUUUAGCACGACCAAUUUCGAAAAUAAUAUUGAAACCGUGAGCAUGGGUGAAUCAAAGACAAGCAUCGAAGAGGUGCAUGGUAAUAUACUGAAUAAAAUAGGGAAUGUUAACGUUGAGAAGAAUAUCGCACAAAACGUCGAGCAACAAAAUAUUGAAAACAUCGGAACGAAAGUUGUCGAGAAUAUAGAAACGAAAGUCGUGGAAAAUAUAGAAACAAAGGUCGUGGAACAUAUAACGACAAAGAAUGUAGAGAAUGUAGAGCAAAAGUAUUACCAAUAUAAUCAUAAAUCAAGCGGCACCGCAAAAAGAACAAGACUCGAUUAUGGCUAUUGUCAAGAAGGGCAUAGAGAAGACGAUCAAAAUUCAGAAGAAGAGUUUACGGAAGAAACGGAAGAAACGGUGGAGUACAUGGAAGAAACGGUAGAGUACAUGGAAGGGAUUACGCCUGAGAAAGAAAUAAAAGCUUAA